AGGCCUUGGGGUGAGUCUCCAGCUGGUGGCCACGAGCCACACACCACACCACGCCACGUGCACACAAUCUUCCUCAGUGUUCUGUCGCGACGAUCACCAAGCAAAGAAGCAACGUGUAGUGUGGUAGUUUUCCCCGGGGAGUUUCAGCAGCAACCCGAGUUUUUGGUGUACGCAAAAGCAGUGUAAUCUCCUGGGACAGCUUUGACAGCAACAACAGCGGCAAUAACACCCGUGUGUGACGGUCUGGGAGAAACUUGGGUGGUGGUGAGAGAGUCAGGGGACGAGUGAGUCCCUAUGGUGACCAGAGUACGGCCACAUCCCACACACCGCUAGGCUGGCACGGGUGCCACACACACGAUCGUGCACCAACUACAGCAAAAAAACACGAAACACAAAACACAAUGUGGACGUCUCGAUGUCGAAGUAGCGUCACACUAGGAGUGCCAUGGACUCCCAAGGCAAUUGCCGCAGUCUCCAUCCGGUGGCGCCUUUCCCACGGCCUUACCUUGCUCCUCCUGACGUUGCUCGCUGGGGAGAUGGUAACUCCUGUUCACGGCGGCCUGAUGGACUUUUCUCCUCCGGGGAUGGUCCAGUACGGCACCUGCGCCCAACCCAAGGACCACGUGUCUUUCCGCUUCGAUGAGUUUGAUGGCUUGUGGUACCAGGUGGAGAUGGUGGCGAACAAUUACAUGGAGGCGAAGAAGUGCAUCACCCUGGACUUUAGAUGGGAUGGUGUGGAGUAUAACGUAACUACGCAGGGGCUGAACGAGUACAACGAGAUGGUGAGACAGGAAGCCACCAUCACCCUCGUGGAGCGUAAGGACCCCGCCACCAUGAAGCCCUACCUGCAGAUCUGGGCGCCCGGGGUGCCGCCUGUGCCAUACCACGUGGUCAAGACAAACUACCGCCACUUCGCCUGCGUGUAUUCCUGCUACGAGCUGUUCUCCCUUAUGUUCGAGGUGUUCUCUGUUCUGAGCCGCGGCCCCGAGAUAGACGACGCCUACCUCGCCGAAUGCCACAGAGCCUUCGACGCCCUGGAACUCGACCUCACACGACUGGCGCCCGUGCAGCAAACAGGGGUCUGCGAUGCGAUAGAUCUGGAGGGCUCCGGUGCAGGGCCAGAACACCAGGACGAGGAGGAGGAGGACGAGAAUGCAUUAGCGGCGUUGACAAGUGAGGAAGUGAACCAGCGCCGGCCUCCAAAUCGUGCCUCAGCGCCUCGCUCAGACCUGGCGACGGGAGAGGAAGAAACGAUGAUAGAGGAGAUGGAGGACUUGCUGGAGGAGAUAGCAGGAGGAAGAAGAGGAGGAGAAGCGUUAUCCUCCUUCCAGACUAGAAAUGAUUCAGUGGGAGAUGAGGCGGAGGAUCUAAAUGAAGAGUCCGUGGUUGGUUUCGUCAAGCGCCCAACCUCUCACCUAAGACCAGACAAAGGGCGGAGUAGGAGGCCGACCAUGGGAGGACAACGGAGGAGGAAAGAGGUCAGUGUCGAGAAUAAGGACAGCUUUGAACUUUACAUCGACGACCCUUCCCUUGACUUCAUCUACCAGGAGGCAACCAACGAACAUGGCGGAGGAGACGUUGAAGUUGAAUAUGGUGACAAAGACGAAAGACGGGCAUUCAUGACACCCGGGAGUGAAUCUCUGGGGAGUGGUUGGGAUGGGAGUUCAGGCAGCGUCCCUGCUCCCGUUCCCCUGCUCCUCCUGACCCUACUCAGUCUCAUAUUGUGGCCUCGUGUCUUCUUCAGACCCUAGCGAGACACAACACUGCAUGUGUUGCUGUCUCGAGUCUAUAAGUGUGAGUCGCCGCCACACCCACGAGCCUCGUGACAUGUGGAGAAAUAAUAAAAAAGCUCCACUCA